UUAUAGGAAAAAAAAAUUACAACGGUGUAACAUAGUAAUUUUUUUUUACCCCUAUGUAUUAGGAAGGUCCUAUAUAUAUAUGUAUGAAUAUCUAGCGAGCAAGUAUAUUGUUUCAAUGGCUGAACUAAAUUUGCCACAACCAAGCAAGAAAAGAGGAAGACCACCCGGCAACAGAGUGUUGCUAAAUGGCGACAAAGAAGCACGAAAACAGAACUUCAUGAAGAAAAUUUUCGACGACGACAAAGCAACGAAAACCGCAAGUUUCUACAAGCGAAAGCCAACUCUAAUGAAAAAAGCUGAGGAGAUUCGCAUAUUAUGCGAUGUUCCAGUUUGCGUUGUCUGUUUCGCGCCUAAUGGGAGCGUUGAUGUGUGGCCGGAAGAUAAACAAUGCGCGAGAGAAGUAAUGUCGGCUUAUCAAAGAUUACACGACAAAGAGAAAAAGGAACUAAAUGUGUUUGAGUUCUUGCGACACAAGAAACAGAAGCUUGAAAAGAAGGUACAACAAAUGAAAAUUAAUACAUUAGUUGCAUCUUUGUCUGAAUAUAUUGAUGGGUUAUCAGAAAGUACUCCAUUGAUGGAUUUAGUGAAUGAUUUAGAGGGUAAAGUUAAGAGCUUGAAGGAAAGGAUUGAACUUUUAAGAUCAGAAAGCAAAGGAAAAAUGGUCGUUAAAGAAGAAAUUAACCCUGAAAGAGAUGAGCUUUCAGCGACGGAUAAUGGAAAAGGAGUUCAAGUUGGUGAUGAGAAUUUUGAUGGUAGAAGCUGGGUUUGGGCGACAAAUAGUAGUGAUGGGUUUAAGCCAAGAGAAGAGAAUAUUGAAGAGAAUUUCGAGAAUUUAUUUAUUCCAAUUGAUCAUCCACGACAAAUUUCAUAUAUUCAUGAUGCUUUGCCAUUUUCAGUAUGGCAACCAGCUCCUGAAGCACUGCUUAAGCUCUAAAUUUUUGUAGUUCAAACAUAAUUAAGGAGUUAGUAAUAUUUUGUUGCUGUGAGUUUUGUUUCCGUUAUUUUAAUUGUGUUUGUAAUGAUUUGGAGAAUAUUAUAAGAAUCUCAUUAAUUAACACUUCUCGCAAACCAAUGCAAU